CAAGGAAAGGGCGGGAAAGGUCUGCGGAAGCAGACAAAGAGGCGCUAACUCCCAUCCACACGUGAGAGAAGAGCCACGGAGGGCCAAGUUCGCUGGACCUGUUUGCUUUGGUAGCUAAGGACAAAGAAGAGCAUGAGCAAACCUCAAGGUCCUGCAGUAGAGGAGGUGAGAGCCUGAUCAUCACAGUGAAGAACUAUAUACAACAAACUUCAACCUCAAGCUGGUUCUGGUGGUAUGGGCCUGUAAUUCCAACAUUUGGGAGGUGGAGGCAGGAGGAUCUUGAGUUCCAGACCAACCUGCAUAAAGAGAUCCCAAUUCAAAACAACCUACCAAAUCAGAACACCAAACAGUAGCCGAAACUUCCCUUGAACUCCCGACCCUCCCGUCUCCAUCUCUCACGUGCUAGGAUCACUGACUUGCUACCACACCUGACACACCUGACUAAGGAUUUUCUCUAUUAGAGUUCUCCUCUUCUACACCACCUCAGCAGUGAAGCACGCUGGCCCUUUAACAGGUUUCCCUUCCAGAGGCUUCUCUAUCAGUGGGGGACACAACUGGCAAGGAAGCCCAACAGGCUGCCAAGAUGAGAUGCCUUGCAGGCCUGCACUUACACCAGAGGCCAAGCAAACUCUCUGUUCCCUUGGCUCCUAAGGAAGGCUCUGCCUUCCACCUGGAGGAAGUGGAAGAGGAGAAUGAAGAGGAAGAUGUGUGUUCAAAUCAGGCCCCAGAUGUGGAGGAGGAAGGGGCUGAUCUUGGGGAUCCAGCCAUACUGAGUGCCAUCCAAAAUAUCCAAGUACCACGGCAGAGAGGGCUGCACGGUUCUCCUGGAGCCAAGGCCCCUGGUGCCCCGGAGAUGUCACCAGCCUCCUUGCGUUUUCUGUGGCAGCCUGCGUUUCCAAGAGCCAGCUCUCCAGCCUGCCACUUUGGACCUCGACCGCCUUCGCCCGAUCCUUUUCUGUUGUACAACCCACUGACUCCGUGGCCCCCUAAACUCAGCCUUCCCAGUCAUCUGACCCAGCUCCACCCUCAGCACCAACAGAUCCUACUGCGGCAGCAGAGCCAAACCGUGAGUCUCCUAGCCAAGAAGCCUUGGUCUCUGAAGCCAGACGCCUAUGCUAACCUCAUGACCCGAAAAGAGAAGGACUGGGUGAUAAAAGUACAGAUGGUACAGCUGCAGAGUGAGAACCCCCGCCUGGAUGAUUAUUACUACCAGGAGUACUAUCAGAAGCUAGAGAAGAGACAGGCAGACAGAGACCUGCUUGGACAGAGGAAGAGGGCUGAGUCUCUCAAGCUGGUCACACCUUACAUCCAGAAGGCAGAAGUGUAUGAGUCAGUGGUACGAAUUGAGGGUUCCCUGGGCCAGGUAGCGGUAUCAACAUGUUUUAGCCCUCGCCGAGCUAUUGAUGCUGUUUCUCAUGGAACUCAAGAGCAGGAUACAGGAGCUGCAAGCAGUCAGAGGCUCCGAGUAUUAUCCCUGAUUGAGAAGAUGUUCCUCCAGUUACUAGAGAUAGAGGAGGGCCAGAAUGAUGGGUUUCCACAACUCUGCCACUCGGGGGAACAGAGCAACCAGGUUGAGAAGCUCUUUCAGGCCUUAAAGACCCAGGAGCAGAACAACCUGGAGGAGACAGCAGAUAGCCUCCUGCAGGUGCUGUCGGUGAGGAAAGGGAAGAUUUUGGUGGCUCGGCUGCUCCCCUUCUUGCCCCGUGAUCAAGCUGUCAGCCUUCUCCUGUAUAUCACCUACCACCUGCCCCUCCUGAUCCUGAAGGACAUGCCUGACCAGGCUCUACACAUACUGUUCAAACCUCUGGGAAAAUACAUCAGUCAUUUGACCUUCCGUCAACUCCUCCAUGGACUGCAAGGUCUAAUGUUGCUACCGCCUGGCUCCUCAGAGCGGCCGAUCUCUGUGGUACUUCAGAAUCAGUUCGGGAUAUCUCUGCUUUAUGCCCUGCUGAGUCAUGGAGAGCAGCUGGUAUCCCUGGAUUCUUCCCUUCAAUCCAGCAGUGACUGCGCAGCUUGGACAGACUUGGUGAUUCUGGUUGCCUGGGAGAUAUCUCAGUUGCCCACAGCAUCCCUGGCAGAACCCCUAGCCUUCCCCAGGAACCUGCUUCCCCUCUUCUGCCAUCACAUGGACAAACAAUUAGUUCAGCAGCUGGAAGCCAGAAUGGAGCUUCCCUGUAUCUACUGACUUAUUAGUUCUGGAACUUACAUGUGAGAAGUUGAAAUAUCAGAACGGAAACUAUAUCACCUGCCCACAGUGAUACAUUUGAAGUCAUUUCCUAUACUUUGUUAUAUUGGAGGACCCUGCCACAAACACUGUCAUGUCCCUCGUUAAAAGCUAAGUGACUUGCCUAAAAUUAAGGCAUGACUUUAGGUAAAAUUAAAGAAAUAUCAAAUGAUAUGUUGAAAUUUGUUUGUAAGUUUAGAAUUACAAUGAAGGCCGUUUUUGUGAAUGUGUCAAGAAUAUCCUUAUUAGGGACAAGGCCUUGUUGUAUGUAAUAAAAGUAUAAUCUGGGACAUUGCUUCAGUGUUACCAAACUUUAUAUAAACCAAACAGUUGAGCUAAGGCUGAGAGAUUUAGAUAUAAACAUCUUCCUUGGCAUAGGAAAUGAGCUGCAUUUUGUCAAAUGAAGCCCUACAUUCAUCAAGGAAUACUGGAGUUCCUUUUGUAAGCCAAGAUGCAUUUCAGGUAGGAGGAUAACAAUGGUGUACAAGUCUCUGCUACUUUUAGGCUUACAUAAAGGUUGGGCAGGAACUGACAGAAAAUAUCAAUUAGUCAUAAACACCGAGGAGAAACACCGGGUGAUUUGAGAGUGACUGGAGUGGAGAGAGGCUUUAGACUAGAUGAGCCAGGAUGGUGCGCUGACAGAGAUUGCAGUUGAAUCAAAAUGUUCAGAUUGUGAAUGUGUCUGUGUUUACCAAGGCUGACUGGACAUGAGGCAUACCCCUGUAUUCCUAAGUACC